UUAUCCUGUGUGUUCACUGUUCGUUUACAAACAUUGCAAUUCAUUGAAACUUGAAAGUUUUUUCAAUUGAUCGAAAAUUUUAGAUUCACCUGUGACGGGUGCCCUGACGCAAAUAGAAACAAUUUACAAUUGUGAUUCACAGAGGUUCACAGUAUCAAGUAGUUUGUUUGUGUCCUGUUGCAAGUGACAACAUCGAAAUACAAAUUUAUGUUUGCCGUAGUAAAUAUUGCUAUUUGCUACGUAUUUGUAUGGUAGUUGGUUUCAAUAAUUAAUAAACUCGACUGACUGUUUUAUGUCAACGCAUGCGAUAACGCAUAUCUACGUUAUUUAUCGGCUUGAUAAGCGAACCACACGCUUCAAAGGCAAAACAUCUUCAUUGCCAGUUUAGUCAUGAUGAUAGAAGCUUGGUCUAUGGGGCCCGGCACUUUAGAAGUGCCUCUGUCGCUGUUUGCUAAGAACAGAGAGCGGCUUGCUGAAAAAUUACAAAAUGGUCAAGUGGUUGUUUUGCAAGGCGGAGACGAUAUAAGCCAUUACGACACGGAUAUUCAAUAUGUUUUCAGACAGGAAGCAUAUUUCACUUGGGUCUGUGCUGUGAGAGAGCCAGGAUGCUACUUUGCACUUGACGUAAAAACAAAAAAGGCAUAUCUCUUUGUGCCACGAUUACCUGAAGAAUAUGAGGUGUGGAUGGGCAAACUGCUAACUUGUAGCGAAUUUAAGAAAAUUUAUGGGAUUGAGGAAGUUCACUAUGUUGAUGAGCUACAAGCAGUUUUAAAAUCUCUGAAUCCCGAUACCCUUCUAACCCUUCGUGGUCCAAACACCGACAGUGGCUUAACUGCAAAGGAGGCAGUAUUUGAGGGAAUCGACGAAUUCAAAGUGGACAAUGAAAUAUUAUUCCCUGUCAUAGCUGAACUGCGAGUUGUAAAGACACCUCAGGAAAUCGAAGUGAUGCGAUAUGUUUGUAAAGUAUCAUCAGAUGCCCAUAAACAGGUGAUGUUGUACGCGCGGCCGGGACUUAUGGAGUACCAGUGUGAAUCUGUGUUCCUGGACCACUGUUACCGCGUAGGCGGGUGCCGCCACGUGUCCUACACGUGUAUAUGCGGCUCAGGCAAUAACGGCGCAACUCUGCAUUACGGCCACGCCGCCGCACCGAACGCGAAAAUGAUCCACGACGGUGAUAUGUGCCUGUUCGACAUGGGAGGAAACUACGCGGGAUAUGCGGCGGAUAUCACAUGCUCAUUUCCCGCCAACGGGAAGUUUACAGACGACCAGAAGUUGAUAUAUGAAGCUGUGUUGGCAGCUAGGGACGCCGUAGUCAGGGAAGCAAAGCCGGGUGUGUUGUGGAGCGAUAUGCACUUGACAGCAAACCGCGCAAUGUUAGAGCACUUAAAGAAAGGCAAUUUGCUCAAAGGCGAUGUUGAAAUGAUGAUUAAGAAUGGUGUGAACGGUAUACUGCAACCGCACGGUCUUGGCCACUUGCUCGGCCUCGACGUGCACGACGUGGGCGGGUACCUGCCACACUGCCCGCCCAGACUAGCGGGACCCCUCGGCAGGCUACGCACGGCGCGUGGUCUACAAGCGGGAAUGAUACUUACCAUCGAACCGGGAUGCUAUUUUAUAAACCGGCUAUUGGACGGUGCGCUGAACAAUCCAGAUCAGGCACAGUUCUUCAACUGGGAGAGAGUCGACAAGUUCAGAGGUUUCGGGGGUGUACGCAUUGAAGACGACGUACUUAUCACAGAUAAGGGAGUCGACAAUCUAACCUUCGUACCUAGAACUGUGGCUGAAAUCGAAGACUUCAUGGCGAAUGGUGCAAACUUCAAGUAAUGCUAACCGCAAAUUUAUUUUAUUGUUUGGAAGGCUUAUUUUACUGACUGAAGAAAUAUACGCUCAAGGUGCCGUUGCCACAUUUAUCUUUAAGUUGACAGUCCUAAAAGUAGUGCUAUCUUUUUCUCUUUGGUCGUUGUGGAAAAGGACAGCACUAUUUCAAACUCGUCAGUGUAGUUUAGAGUUGUGUACAACAUAAACUGCACCAUUUUUUCAUUCAGAUUUUUGAGUUGAGUCAUCGUUUUGUGAGUUCGGUUUGUAUUCAUUCAGUUUUUCAGUUUUAUUCAUACUGCUAUAGAAGUACAAAAAUUACUAUAUUAUUAGUUCUUUAAAUGGGGACAAAAUUUAAGCUGUCAUUUGUUAAAACAGCAGUAUCCAAAGCAUUAAAACUGCAUGUAACUGUAACAGUACAAAAAUUGAUUUGUUUGGUUUAUUGUUGAUUUUAUGAAAGAUUUUAAAAAGAUACAUUAUAAGUUAAGUUUCGUUAAAAAAUAAACUACCAUGUUUAUUCAAUAUUUUCUUAUUCUAAUAUUAUCUAAUUUAUUAUUGGCCCUCGCAACUCGUAU